AUGCUAAUAGCAGCUAAGAUAUAUUUGAGAUUCACGAUAAGACAUUUUGGGGUUGAUAAUGAUGGUACAGAAGAAGCAUCAGAGGAUCCUCUUGAUCCAAAUGCUGGAAGAUUUGUUAGAUACCAAUUCACACCUCAAUUUUUGAAAUUAAAAACUGUUGGAGCAACGGUAGAAUUUACGGUUGGCGCUCGUCCUGUAAACCACUUCAGAAUGAUUGAGAAACAUUUCUUCAGGGACACAUUGCUGAAAACUUUUGACUUUGAAUUUGGCUUCUGUAUUCCAUUUUCAAGAAACACAUGUGAACAUAUUUAUGAAUUUCCUACAUUGCCACCUGAUUUAGUUGAAGAAAUGAUAGCAGCACCAUUUGAAACAUGCUCUGACAGUUUCUAUUUUGUGGAUAACCACCUUGUGAUGCAUAAUAAAGCAGAUUAUGCAUAUAAUGGAGGAAUAAGCAAA